UUGUUACCGGAUUACCUCCCUUUGAUUAUCACAUGAUCAACAAAAAUGGCGACAUUGAAGCUCUGGAGGACGUCCGUGAUGACCCGGUUCAGUGUUUUAGUUUUCUGUGCUGUGUUGAGUGUGAGUCUGGCUGCCCAGGAGCUGGUGAUCACACAUGCCCCGAGUUAUGUGACAUUCCAACACCAAGCAGACCAGCUCCACACCAGUCAGGUGCCUAAAGUCCUUGCUCACACACUUGGGCUGAAGACAGAAUCUGACCUCGGAUGGAAGGGGCUGGUACAGGGCUCAAUGUUUAAGAGGCCCAAGGCCAAUGUUCUCAUGACAAUUGUAACCCAUCCCGAUCAGCCACUGCCUCUCAAGAAACUGGCCAAGUUCCCAGUCGAUGAUGAUGUUGCCUUCCCGGACGUGGAGGGUGUGAUGAACUCCUUGCAGGGAAUGUUCCUGGACCAGAGCCCUCUCAUGCUGGAUCUACACGCAGACAACAAUAUGUUUGACUUGAAGACCGAAGAGCAGCUGUUCAGGAAGUUGCCAAAUUCCAUCCGCAAACUCAGUGACCGUCUCCUAGACGCAGACUCCAUCAUCCAUAAACUGCCGUCUGGCUCAUUGAACAUGACCUUGAAAUCUGACCUGUCCUUGAUGAGUGAGAUGCAGAUGAUUGCUGAUGUUAUGAAGACUAUGACUGAGAAUCCCAGCAUGGUGAAGAACAAGACCCCAGACCUGUUCUCCUUCACAAUCUACGGCCUCCGCAAUGUGGCAGAUAAACACGGACCCAAGUCAGAACAGACCAAGGAUGCCACCAAGAUGGUCUCAGACUUCGUAGAUCACGUGACCGACCACUUCAAGUCGCUGUACAAGGACAAUGUUGUGGUGGAGGUGUUGAGUGCGGCGCCACAGAAGGGGCACGUCCGGAAGGUCCGCAGCCUCAUGGCUACAACCCCCGCCCCUAGUAAGCCAAAGUCAAACAGCUUGAACCUGGCCGAAGACUACAGUCGGGAGUAUCCCGCCAUCUUCAACAUCAUCCUGUGGAUGAUGGUGGUACUGGCCAUCGCUGUGUACGCCAUCGUGUACGGCAUGUGGUACAUGGACCCAGGCGUGGACAGCAUCAUUUACAGGAUGACCAGUCAACGACUCAAGAAAGAUUAAUUUUCAAGAUGAUCCACCAUGUUCCCUCUGUGUCCCUCAACUUAUCAAUCUGGUCAUAAAUAUAUCUAAUUGCUUCCCAAACGUUUUUCUAAUGUCAAACUAGUUGAAAUAUUCUCGAUAACAAGGAAUUGCAGUUUCAGCAUGUCCAAGGGAGGUAACUCUUACCACCUUGCUUGGCUUGAUUGGUAUACCUGAUCUCUCAGAAUAUGGAGUAGUACUAGGUUUCUGUGUUUUAACUUUAUGACCAUUUCUAGUUGUUGGGACACGGAAGAAACAAUAUCAAAAACUGUCCAAUCUGUGGAACAGACAUUCAUAUGUUACGUUAAGAACCAUUUCCUAUAGAAUUGUGGAAUUGUUAGAAUUGAUGGCCUCCAAGAUGUACGAAUGCAUAUCAAUUUUGUGAACAGAUCUGUACCCAUGAAGCUGUGCCACAUUAAGCACACAUGGGGAUAUUGACAUGGAGGCCCUUGGACCAUCAUUUGGAAUAUCAUGGAUGAUAAGGGUAUACCUAUUAAAGUGGAGUAGUGUAUUCACACAGGUGGUUCAUCCCAUCGACAUAUUAGGCAAAUUAGUGGAUACAUAGAUUUCGUCCUAAUUGGUACCAGCUUAUGAAACCAGUUUCUGGUGCCUUCUCGUUUCCACUUCAUCUUAAAACAGUUAAAAUACCUGAUAGGCGUACCCUGCAUUCCAGCAGGGAUUGAUCUGUAAUUAUUGGUGUGAGUUUGUUGCUGUCUGUUCCACGGCUGUGGGUGGUUUCACACUAGUCAGUACCACUGACUGGGACUGUGGCCAGGGGUGUCGUCAACAUGGACACAUAGCAUUCAUCGUAAUAGGAGCCCUGGGUACAUGGAUAUUUGAUGAAUGGGUCGUUUUUUGUACAAUAAGCAGCAAGUCAAGUUUGUUGUCAGGCGUCGAGCAAUAGCUGUCUGCGAUUUUACCACCAAAGUCAGAGUCUGGUAAUAAUCAGUUCGAUCUGGAAUGAUUAGCUAAUAAUAGUCUAUAGUAACAGGGGCAGUCGGGAAGCCUAGUGGUUAAAGCGUUCGCUCGUCACGCAGAAGACCCGGGUUCGAUUCCCGACAUAUGUACAAUGGGAAGACCCGGGUCGAUUCCCGACCUGGGUACAAUGUGUGAAGCCCAUUUCUGGGGUCCGCCGCCGUAAUAUUGCUGGAAUAUUGCUAAAAGCGGCGUAAAACCAUACUCACUCACUCACUAACUAUAGUAACAGUGUAUGUAGUCUAAAUGAUGUUAAGAGCCAUGUAGUCUGGUAGACUCAAAAUGUUUUUGGCACAGAAAGUGGUAGUGAAUAACCAAAGCUUUCAGGUCAUAUCAUGAAUAAAUAGGAACAAUAAUAGUCCCAGAAAAGAAAUCCUGAAACUUUUGUAAUGAAGUUAUUUUCUUUCCAAAUUCAUCAAUGCCCUGUGACAAAAUCAAGAUAAGGCUUGUGUCACUACUUGCUCUGAAUAUUUUAAUGUCAUAGAGGACGCCAAACGAGUACGAUUAGGUUGGCAUGUCAUCGAUCCCAAUGACGUAGUUGGGUGCUCGUGUUAUCAAUCACUGGUUUAUCUCGUAAAUUAUUGGGUUCGGACCAGACAGUCCAGUGAUUGAUAACAUGAGCAUUGAUGUUAUCAAUCACUGGAUUAUCUGGUCCGAACCCGAUUAUUUACAGACCAUCGUCAUGUAGCUGGAAUAUUGCUGAGUGUGACGUUAAACAACAAACAAACAAACAAACCAUUACCUGUUGUACACCCAGGGUCAUGUGGGUUAAACAUGUAAGUUUAAGUUAACAUUCCUGAAUGUGUUUCCAGUACCUUGGAUCUUUGCUCAUGCUGUCGACCACUGCUAUGUCUAGUCCACAUUCCAUUCUGUACAGUCUUAGUAAUACUGCUGAUCGCGCUUAACAAGAUCCACUCACUCACUCUGUGUGUGGAUGAGGAGAUCCAUGUUGGACCAUGUUGGUGUUUCUGUUGCUGCAUCGUUACCGCUGGCGACACCCCUGUGAACAGUGAACUCCCUCAAGACAAGGCUGUGCUAUUUCAUACUUUGUAUUUCCAGCCAGGUAUGGCUAUUAUGUAUAUUGUUUAGUGUGACUUUCUUGGAGAAGGAAUAAUAAUCAUGGAGUAGAUGGAGAGUGUGGUUGAUCUUUACUGCAUACCUGUGAUGGUGUAAUAUUAAAUUUGGGGUACCGUAUUUGCCAUACCGUAAGUGCCAAUUUUGCUGAUAAAAUUAAAUUGGGAAGAGGGGGGUGGGGGGGGGGGGGGGUAUUUAAACUACACACAAGUUAAAUUUGUUUCCAGAGAUUGAUGGAAGCGAACGCGCUUAGUUCAAACAUCACUGAACAUUAAACAUUUUUCAUAAUCAUGAUAAUAUUUACUAGGCAGUUAUAUACCCCAUUAGUCUGUCUUACAGACCCUGAUACAAAUAUAUCAAAUACAGCCCAUGCAAGUCUAUAAUGUUUGGAAAGUCUACAUUACUGCAGUAACAGUCUGAAAAUGAAGAGUCUCUGGGCUCCUUUUUAUUAUAUUUUUUAUUAAGAUAAUUUAACAUUUUUUUUUUUCUGUAAGAUAUGUUCAUUUCAGAGACUAGAUUUUACUUUACUACCCCAUUUGUUUUUCUGUUUUUUUUGUAAACAAAUCUGUAAUAUGGCGUGUCCUUUUUUGGUUAUAGUAGGGGGCUUAUGUAGAUUACUUCAGAUUGGUCUUGAAGUUGUUUAGGGGUCUCUGUUGGACCAGGACACUUAACAUGGCGAAUACGGUAGUUCACCUGAAUAGAAAGUGGGUAAUAUAGCUGUUAUACAAUAUAGUGAAAGUAGUGAAUGUAUAUACUAUGGAGCUAUUGCACGAUAAAUAUUAAUAACAUUCCUGCAACCAUUGUAUAUUACCAUAGCUAAUCAAGUUAUGAUUAAGCUCAUUGUGAUACUGAUUUCAUUCUGUCAACCUGUCCUUGUGCACAUAGGGGUGUCAUUGAUUAGAAACUUAAGUAUCAAUAUAUUGACUCCGAAGUACAAGAAUAUAUUGAUAUGUAUCAAUUAAUAACACAGUUAGCUAUUCUGUAUUCGCAUAGAUAAAACUUUUUCUAUCUAGACCAUUUCCUCCCACAUCAAGCUGACACGCCGUGGUAUAACUGGAAUACUGUUCAAAGCAGCGUUAAACGAAACCGACUCCCUCACACACCUAUCUGUGGCGGUCCGGUAGUCUAGUUGUUAAUGUGUCCGCUUGUCACGCCGAAGAUCCGGGGUUGAUUCCCGACAUGGGUUUAAUGUGUGAAGCCCAUUUCUGGUGUCCCCUGCCAUGAUAUUGCUGGAAUAUUGCUAAAAGCAGCAUAAAACCAUACCCACUCACUCACACCUAUCUUGACCUGCAAUUAAUCAAGCGCAUGUAAAAUAUAAACUAGCCUGAUUAAUUAAAUGUUUGAUUAAAGUUUCUGCCCUCUCAUUGUCCAUCGUAACCAUGGUGAUGUUAACAAAUGUAUACAUGUCUCUGGCAGUGAAUUAUGAAUCUGGAAUCAGUAUUCAUAAAUUGUUUAUAAAAAUUAUCAAUAUCCCAUUGCACGAUGACAUCCCUAUGUGUGUACCAUAAUUCUGUACAUAGCUGGCAGUAUUAUCACAAGCUUGCGCAUAUGUUUUUAUUUUUGUCUUAUUAACAAAUUUAAUUGAUUUUCACUUAUUUUCAUCAUUUUUGCUUCUUCCUCCUCGUUCAAUGUCCCAUUGAAUGUUUCCAUGUAUUCAGCACGAAAAAACCUUCAGUGUAGAUGUCAUUUGUUUAUUUGUUUAUUUGUUUAUCUGUUUCCAUGCUGACUGUACAGGCCAGACCACUCUUACUAUUUGUUACACAAAUGGCCUUUUUUUAAGCUUUUGAAAAACAAACAAUAAUUUAUUUAAUAUCCUUAUUUUUAAUUUUUAAUGUUGUUUUGUUUUAAUUAAGGAUUUUUUCAAUAUGAAACAUUUAAACAGCAUUUUUUACAUAAUUUUUCAGUUCUCACUUUUGAACUUUUUGGAAUGUUUUGGCAUCAGUGUAGAAAAUUAUGAAAACAAUAUCUAAAGUUGGUCUGGCCUAUUUUGUCAUGUUGAAGCUGUUUCUGUAAGUAUGGGCAUAAUAUAGUAAUAUAUUUGUGAUCGGAGUGUAAACAUUGGUGUUAUGUAUUGAUAUACCUCUGCAGGGAAUAUGUGGGCCCUAUAUCAUGUGUAAGUUCAAGAUGUAAAUGUUUAAUGUUCUUCUCGUCAUAGAGCAGGACAAAUUGAGGGAUCGAUGCCAGGCAGUUGAGUUAGAUUAACGAAAAACAUCUUGGAAGUGUACCAGCAACACGAACUUAUCUCAUCUGGUUGAGAAACACCUGACUUGUGCAUGCAAUGGUAUAGACCUUGAGGUAUCAAGUGGGCGUGGCAGUUUAUGAUGUAUGAAUUUUGUCCCUUCCAGCUGAGGUUAUCUGGCUGUGGUUUUAGGACGAAUGCUCCUGGUGUUUGUGGUGAAUGCCUCUGUGAUGAGGGUCGGGGGAACUAGAGCAUGCCCCAGUCAGUUUUAUGACAGCAAUGAUACACCCCACAUUCAUCAUUCCUGGAAGGGCAGCUCCUUGAGAAGGGACUUAUCUCUGUGGCCAAGUUAGCAUGUUUUUUAUGGCAUACAUAUUGUGGAAUCCUUGCAAAAUGAUCAUACUUUGUUCAAAGAUUGUUUUCUGACAAGAGAUGUAUCUUUAUCAAUAGGUGAUAUUAAGGAUUCAGGAGGGAAUUAUAUACAGUGCUUGUUAUUUACAUUAUUAUACAAUUCCUACAUAGCGGGAGAGGUUCAUUCAUUGUCCUAGCUUUAUGGUGAUGCCCUGCCUCAAUGGCAUUGUUCUAACUCUUUGUGAUAGUGUCAGCUCAAAGGCAUUGUCCCAGCUCAAAGACAUUGUCCUAGCGCUAAGGCAUUGCCCCAGCUCUAAGGCAUUGUCCUAGCUCUAUGACAUUGUCCCAGCUCUGACAUUGUCCCUGCACUAAGGCAUUGUCCCAGCUCUAUGGCACUGUCCUAGAUCUAAGGCAUUGUCCCAGCUCUGGCAUUGUCCCUGCACUAUGGCAUUGUACCCAAGCUCUAUGGCACUGUCCCAGCUCUGAGGCAUUGUCCCAGCUCUAUGACAUUGUACCCAAGCUCUAUGGCACUGUCCCAGCUCUGAGGCAUUGUCCCAGCUCUAUGACAUUGUACCCAAGCUCUAUGGCACUGUCCCAGCUCUGAGGCAUUGUCCCAGCUCUAUGACAUUGUACCCAAGCUCUAUGGCACUGUCCCAGCUCUGGCAUUGUCCCUGCACUAUGGCAUUGUACCCAACUCUAUGGCACUGUCCCAGCUCUGAGGCAUUGUCCCAGCUCUAUGACAUUGUACCCAAGCUCUAUGGCACUGUCCCAGCUCCAUGACAUUGUACCCAAGCUCUAUGGCACUGUCCCAGCUCUGAGGCAUUGUCCCAGCUCUAUGACAUUGUACCCAAGCUCUAUGGCAUUGUCCCAGCUCUGAGGCAUUGUCCUAGAUCUAAGGCAUUGUCCCAGCUCUGGCAUUGUCCCUGCACUAUGGCAUAGUUGAAUCUCUUUGUGAUUGUCCCAGCUCUACACUCUACACUGAUUUAGCUCUAUGGCAUUGCCUCUAUGACACUGUACUUGCUGUAAAUGACACUAUCUUGCCUGGAGUAGCCAUCACUUCAUGUUGUAAUGUUAUCCAGAUGUCCUAUGAACAAAGUUUAUGUUUGUAUAUUAUGAGAACGUUAGUUGUACUUGAUGUCAUCUGCGUAUGAAUGUUGAUUAUGUGGCAAUAAAGGCUGGCUAGAUCA